AUGACCUUGACAACGUGGGAAACUCUUGCCGCAAAGAAGCGCCAGGCUUUGCGCAACUCCAUCCCGCCGGAGUGGAUCGUCCCAGAACACCUCCUGCCGCCCGACAGCCAAGAAGAUGUGACUGGAUUCCCAGAAUCUUCGGGCUGGUUCACUCCUGAAGAGUUAGCCAUCACUAAUUCGACUGCGCUGGAGUUGCUACCCAAGCUUGCCUCCGGCGAGCUCAAGUCCGAGACGGUAACGCGGGCGUUCUGUAAGCGAGCCGCGGCAGCUCAUCAACUGACAAAUUGCCUCUCAGAAACCUGCUUCCCCCGCGCCCUCGAAACCGCCCAAAAGCUAGACACCCACCUAUCCCAGACUGGCCAACCCAUCGGCCCUCUGCAUGGUCUCCCCAUCUCCCUCAAAGACAACUUCAACCUCGCCGGUCUCGAUGCCACGGUCGGCUUUGUCUCGCACAUUGGCGACGCCGCCAAAUCUGAUUCCGCCCUAGCCCAGCUCCUGGCCAAGGCAGGCGCCGUCUUCUACGUGAAGACCAACGUGCCCACGGCCAUGAUGAUUGCCGAAAGCGUGAACAACGUCUUCGGCCGGACGGUGAGCCCUCUGAACCGCAACCUGACCUCGGGCGGCAGCUCCGGGGGGGAAUCGGCUCUUAUUGCUUUUAAGGGAAGUCCCUGGGGCAUAGGCACGGACAUCGGCGGUUCGUUGCGGAUUCCCGCUGCUUGCACGGGGAUCUUCACGUUAAGGCCUUCGUUUGGCCGGUUUCCGACACUUGGGUGCCGGUCGGGUAUGCCGGGACAGGAGGCCGUGCAGUCCGUUAACGGCCCUCUAACCCGGACGCUGGAUGAUCUCGCGUUCUGGGCGAAAACGGUGGUGGAUUCCGAGCCGUGGCAUGCUGACCCGAGGUGUUUGCCGAUUCCGUGGCGGGAGACCGCCCUCGAAACAAACCCCGGCAGUUGUAAACUAAAAAUCGCCGUCAUGUGGGACGACGGCCUGGCGAAGCCGACACCGCCGGUUUCGCGGGCGUUGCGGGAAACGGUCGAGAAGCUAAAGGCGAAGGGACACGAGAUCGUGGAAUGGUCAUCGGUGGAUCAGGAUGAGGGGGGCCGGUUGCUGAAGCGCAUGUUUCUUGCGGAUGGGGGGAAGGCGAUAAGAAAGGAGAUUGAGAGGUCGGGGGAGCCGUGGAUGGAGGAGCUGGCGAUGUACGAGACUGCUACAGAGAUUGGGGCUUAUGAGUACUGGCAACUCCAUCUAGACCGUGUCGCCUUCCAGAAGAAGUACCUCGACCGCUGGGUCGCGUCGGGCAUUGAUGCUAUUCUGUGCCCAACGACGCCAUAUAGCAGUGUUGAGAACUCCAAGUUUAAGCAUGUUGGUUACACAGGCGUCUACAACGUCCUUGACUAUUCCUGCAUCUCGUUCCCAUGUGGUAUCAAGGUGGACUCCAAAAUUGACUCCGCGCCGGGUGAUACGUACGAGCCCCUAACGGAGUUGGACAGGACGAUUCAGGCCGAGUAUAAUGCCGAGGCUGUGCACGGCAUGCCCAUAAACUUGCAGCUCGUGGGUCGCCGGUUAGAGGAGGAGAAGGUCAUCGCUAUGGUCAAAGUCGUUCUGGAUGCAACUUCAUAG